UCAGAGUGGAAGUCUGGGCACUUGAGGCAUUAGGCUGAACCAAGCAUGGCCAUGACAAGCAGCAGUGGUGGUUUUCCUCAAGCUCCUUGGUGGUCCUGUCCUCCUCCUGCUGUAUCACCUGAGCUGCUACUCAGGCAGUACCUGAUCCUGCUGAGUGGCUGGAGGCUCAUGUCAGAGCUGGCAGAAAGCUGACAGGGACUCAUCAUAACUUCCAAAAGCCACUGGUUUCAUGAAUGUUGAGAAUAGAAGGUAUCCAGGCUGGGUUGAAUUCUUUUGCAGUAUAGGGAUCAAGAGAAUGGUUUUUAAGGAUUCCUGCCACCAUUGGGAACAGUUUUCCCCAUAGCAGCUGACUUACUCAUGGGUAGGGGUAGAAACAGGAUAGUGUGAUAAACUUUCGGGGGUUUAUAAGAUUUGAAAGCAAGACAGAGACUGAAGAAAGUACGUGGGAGGUAAAAAUGACAUAAGGCUGCAGAGAGGGACAAGAAAAUUAUCUGCAAAACAUUCCGAGGUGUGACUGAUGUUGUAUGUUUUGGACAUUGGAGGUGUUUGCUUUCUGAUCCAAAACUUUUAAGUUAGUGAAUUUACUUUAUGGUACCUGAAAAGGGUGGGGAUGUGGGUUGUUUAGUUUAAGGUUUUCUUAUUGUCUGGAUGCAAAAAUUGUGAAACCUCUGUGAACUCCUAAGUUUUUUUUUGGUUCUUCAGCACAUCACAUGGUGCUAGCAAUCAAAACAAACAUGAGUGUCUGCCUACCUUAUUUCAGUAACAGUUGGGAGAGAAAUACAAGAAAUGGUGUUUUAAUUAUUAGCAAUGAGACUGGUGAUUAAGAAUGGCUUGAUGGAGAAAUUUAACAGAAGCCACAGCUUACUGACUCUAUGUGACAGAUACUGACCUAAUUUUUUGGCAACUAAGAGCCAUAAACAUCAUCCUUGAUGUAUCAGACUCAGCAUCUGGUAGGCUGUCUUAUAACUUUUAAAAAUUAAUGCACAGAAGGGUAAAGAACUGUACAUCAGCAUGUGUUUGUUUUCUGUCUAAAUGCAAAUGUUACAUCCUCUCACAAGCCCAUAAAUAUAUUGUACACUUAAAAAUAAAAGAUCUUUCAUCAUUGAUAUGGUCAUGGUGAAAUCCCAGUAUUUAGUUGUUUGUGAUAUUACAUGCUGUUUGUUUAAAAAAAAAAAUCUCUGAACAUAUAUCAGAAGUUCAUGAUUGUCUCCACCAGCCAAAAUAUCAUUCUUUAUUCAGAUGAAUAAGCAAGGCUUUAGAUUUAUUAAUACCAUCUUUUUAGUGUUGCACUGAAAAGGGCAUCAUGUCUGUAGUUGAAAAUGUGACAACUUCAGGGAAUUUGUGACCAUUAUUGCUUUGUCAUUCUAAAGACAUUGAUUAUUUUUUUUUAUAUUAAUCUACAGCACAAGGUUUGUGGCUCAUUGGUUAUGAGUACUGCAUGUUUAUAUAGAAACAACAAAAUGUCAGACUGUAGAUGAAUUCAAGCUUUUGGGCACACUUAAGCAAGCACUGGGCAUUUUAAGACUGUUUGAGCAGUCUGAAUGUCAGGAAUCUUUCUCAGAGUACCUUUCAUGAAAAUCUAAAAUUUUGCACUUUCGUCUUGUGAUUGCUGAUCCAGUACCCACAGGGUCAGUUUGUAUCUUAAAUACAAACAUUUGGAGAUGCAGGUAGUAGCUCCAUUAUUGCUGUGGCAGAAAACCUAUUAAAGGAAAAACUGACUGCAAUCUAUUGUUUUGAGAAUAUGUGCAUUACUGAAUGUCCCCUUUCUCUUUCCUUCCCUCUCUACCCUGUACUCCCGCCCCCUGGAUUUUGGAGAUCCUAAGGAUAGGCAGUGUGAAAAUAUAAAAUGCAUAGCUGCUCUGUGCAGUGCAAGGAUUGCUGCUACUCCUAAAGAUUUGUUCUUCCUGUUUGCUACUUGGGGAAAAAAAAAAAAAAAAUGCAGUGCUAUUCCCAUGCAAUAAUUCAGAAAUGCUGCAAGUAGUUAGUGUAUUGAAGCUUGCAUUUUAGUUUAAAUGUGAAGUAAAGCCUUAAGAAAAUGCAGUGAAAUGUCCUGAGCAGUGGCACAGUGCAAAGCAGGAAAUCUCCUGCACACAAUAGAGAUUAAAUGCUCCCUGUGCAUACUGUAUUCUGCUCAGCCCUCUGCGCUCGGAGCUGGGACCGUGGCAGUCGUUAUCUCCAGCAGGUUCCUUGGUGAUUUUCAAGCCCUGCACUACCUACCCAAGUGGCAGUGACACCAGCUUUCACUGAAGCCUUAUUACUCUUAAAAGAGCAAUUUGGUUGGUUGCACAGCUAUUAGGAUCAGACAGUCAGGCUUAAAGCUGUCAGUACAACUGCUGCUCAUCUUUUUUCACAAUCCUGACAUCUUUUCUCUUUUCUGCUGGACACAAGCAUUACUGUAUUUAUCAUUUUCAAUCAAGCUCACGCUGCAAGCUGAGGAAUAUAUUCCCACAGAAACCAAAGUGAGGAGCAGAAAUUAUUUUAUAGCUGCUGUAGUAGCAGCGGUGCUGGCUGCAUGUUGUGUGGGAGAAAUCGGAUCAGUGAGAAAUGUGGCUUUCCUCAGGGCUACAUCAUUGAAAAAUUACUUCAACGUCUGAGAGGAGCAAAGCUACUCCUUGCUCUAAUUUUUCAAUGAUUAAUCACUCUUCCCUAAGUAAAUACAAAGAGGGGGAGAAGAUGUGAGAUUUUUUUUUUAUUUUUUUUUUUUAUAUUUUUUAAAAUAACUUGUGGAAAUGUUGGUAUCAUUGAAAAAGGGGAAAAUCACUAUGCUUGAACUUCUUUUCAUUUUGAUGUUGCUCUUCUCUGGACCAACCCUGAGCAAGCUUAGCAGGACCAAAGGCAAACACUGGAAGGGGGGAUCCCGUCUCCGCCAAGAGGACUUUCCACCGCGGAUCGUUGAGCAUCCUUCAGAUGUGAUAGUGUCUAAAGGAGAGCCAACUACUCUGAACUGCAAAGCAGAGGGCAGGCCGACCCCCACCAUCGAGUGGUACAAGGACGGCGAGCGGGUGGAAACAGACAAGGACGACCCGCGCUCCCACCGGAUGCUGCUGCCCAGCGGAUCUUUAUUUUUCUUACGCAUCGUGCACGGGCGCAGGAGUAAACCUGACGAGGGAAGCUACGUUUGUGUAGCAAGGAACUACCUUGGAGAAGCUGUGAGUCGCAAUGCGUCUCUGGAAGUGGCAUUGCUACGGGAUGACUUCCGCCAAAACCCCACGGAUGUGGUGGUGGCAGCUGGAGAGCCUGCAAUACUGGAGUGCCAGCCGCCUCGAGGGCACCCCGAGCCCACCAUCUACUGGAAGAAAGACAAAGUCCGCAUUGACGACAGAGAGGAGCGGAUCAGUAUCCGUGGUGGGAAGCUGAUGAUCUCCAACACCAGAAAAAGUGAUGCAGGAAUGUACACGUGUGUGGGGACCAACAUGGUGGGGGAACGCGACAGUGACCCUGCAGAGCUGACUGUCUUUGAGCGGCCCACGUUUCUCAGGAGACCGAUUAACCAAGUGGUGCUGGAGGAGGAGGCCGUGGAUUUCCGGUGCCAGGUGCAGGGGGACCCCACACCCACAGUCCGGUGGAAGAAAGAUGAUGCAGACCUACCAAGGGGAAGGUAUGACAUCAAAGACGACUACACCCUGCGCAUUAAGAAAGCCAUGAGCACAGAUGAGGGAACCUACACCUGCAUCGCCGAGAACCGAGUUGGGAAAGUGGAGGCCUCUGCUACGCUCACCGUGCGAGCUCGCCCCGUUGCUCCCCCACAGUUUGUGGUGAGACCACGAGACCAGAUUGUAGCCCAGGGUCGAACUGUGACUUUUCCUUGCGAAACUAAAGGAAAUCCCCAGCCAGCUGUUUUCUGGCAAAAAGAAGGAAGUCAGAACCUACUCUUCCCAAACCAGCCUCUGCAGCCCAACAGCAGAUAUUCUGUGUCACCAACCGGGGACCUCACCAUUACCAACAUCCAGAGGUCUGAUGCAGGCUACUACAUUUGUCAAGCACUGACGGUUGCUGGAAGCAUUUUAGCAAAGGCUCAGCUGGAGGUUACUGAUGUCUUGACAGAUCGACCUCCGCCCAUCAUCCUCCAGGGCCCCAUCAACCAGACCCUGGCAGUGGAUGGCACAGCUCUGCUCAAGUGCAAGGCCACCGGUGACCCCCUCCCUGUCAUCAGCUGGCUCAAGGAAGGGUUCACCUUCCUGGGCCGGGACCCUCGCACGUCCAUACAGGACCAGGGGACGCUCCAGAUCAAAGCUCUGCGGCUCUCUGAUACUGGGACUUACACUUGCGUUGCUACAAGUUCCAGUGGGGAGACGUCCUGGAGUGCUGUGCUGGAGGUGACAGAAUCCGGUGGAGCAACAGUCAGUAAAAAUUAUGAUAUAAAUGACCUCCCUGGGCCACCAUCCAAACCUCAGGUCACGGAUGUUACUAAGAACAGUGUCACCCUGUCCUGGCAGCCAGGGACCCCUGGAAGCCUACCAGCUAGUGCAUAUAUCAUUGAGGCUUUUAGUCAGUCUGUGAGCAACAGCUGGCAAACGGUGGCCAACCACGUGAAGAGCACCCUGUACACUGUGAGAGGCCUGCGCCCCAACACCAUCUACCUGUUCAUGGUCAGAGCCAUCAACCCACAGGGCCUGAGCGACCCCAGCCCCAUGUCAGACCCUGUCCGAACCCAAGAUAUCAGCCCCCCAGCACAAGGCGUGGAUCACAGGCAAGUCCAGAAAGAGCUGGGAGACGUCAUUGUACGGCUGCACAAUCCUGUUGUGCUGACACCCACAACAGUGCAAGUCACCUGGACGGUGGACCGCCAGUCCCAGUUUAUCCAGGGCUACCGCGUCCUGUAUCGCCAGACCUCGGGCCUGCCUGCCCCAGCCGUGUGGCAGAACCUGGAGGUCAAAGUCCCCACCGAGCGCAGCGCCGUCCUCGUCAGCCUGAAAAAGGGGGUCACCUACGAAAUCAAGGUUCGCCCCUACUUCAAUGAGUUCCAAGGCAUGGACAGCGAAUCCAAGUCUGCUCGUACCACAGAGGAAGCUCCAAGUGCUCCUCCUCAGUCUGUCACUGUCCUGACAGUUGGAAAUCACAACAGCACAAGCAUCAGCAUCUCCUGGGAUCCUCCCCCUCCAGAUCACCAAAAUGGAGUCAUCCAGGAGUACAAGAUCUGGUGCCUAGGUAAUGAGACUCGAUUUCAUAUCAACAAAACAGUAGAUGCAGCCAUUCGGUCUGUAGUAAUAGGUGGCCUAUAUCCAGGUAUCCAGUACCGCGUGGAAGUUGCUGCAAGCACCAGUGCAGGUGUGGGAGUAAAAAGUGACCCACAACCCAUAAUAAUUGGAGGUCGUAACGAAGUUGUCAUCACUGAAAACAACAACAGCAUAACUGAGCAAAUCACAGAUGUGGUGAAGCAACCUGCCUUUAUAGCUGGCAUUGGUGGUGCGUGUUGGGUCAUCCUCAUGGGUUUCAGCAUCUGGCUGUACUGGCGAAGAAAGAAGAGGAAGGGACUCAGCAAUUACGCUGUUCAGUCCUUCACCUUCACCCCUGCAGUCACCUUCCAAAGGGGAGAUGGAGGACUAAUGAGCAAUGGAAGUCGACCAGGUCUGUUGAAUGCCAGUGACCCCAGUUAUCCUUGGCUUGCAGACUCUUGGCCUGCCACAAGUCUGCCAGUAAAUAACAGCACUAGUGGACCAAAUGAUCUUGGGAAUUUUGGUCGUGGAGAUGUGCUGCCACCAGUGCCAGGGCAAGGAGAUAAAACCGCUACCAUGCUUUCUGACGGAGCCAUUUACAGCAGCAUCGACUUCACCACCAAAACCAGUUACAACAGCUCCAGCCAAAUAACGCAGGCUACACCAUAUGCCACCACCCAGAUCCUGCAUUCCAACAGCAUCCACGAGUUGGCUGUUGAUUUACCAGAUCCGCAGUGGAAAAGCUCAAUUCAGCAAAAAAAUGACCUCAUGGGAUUUGGUUACUCUCUCCCAGACCAAGGCAAAGGCAACAAUGCCUUGCUUUACAUCCCUGACUACCGGGUGGCUGAGGGACUGGCUAAUAGAUUGCCACACAACCAGUCACAGGAUUUCAGCACCACCAGCUCCCACAACAGCUCCGAAAGGAGUGGCAGCCUCUCAGGUGGCAAAGGAGGGAAAAAGAAGAAAACCAAAAAUGCUGCCAAGCCCCAGAAAAAUAAUGGUUCAACCUGGGCCAGUGUUCCCCUCCCACCCCCUCCUGUGCAGCCACUUCCAGGCACAGAGCUGGAGCACUAUGGGGUGGAUCAGCAAGAAGCAGGAUAUGACAGUGAUGGUUGGUGUCCACCUUUGCCAGUUCAGACCUACCUACAUCAGGGCAUGGAAGAUGAGCUUGAAGAAGAUGAUGAUCGUGUCCCCACCCCUCCUGUCCGAGGAGUAGCUUCAUCUCCUGCCAUCUCCUUUGGGCAACAGUCGACUGCAACUCUCACGCCUUCCCCACGAGAGGAGAUGCAGCCAAUGCUUCAAGCUCACCUUGAUGAGUUAACAAGGGCUUACCAGUUUGAUAUAGCAAAGCAGACAUGGCACAUCCAAAGCAAUACACAACCUCCUCAGGCUCCAGUUCCUCCCCUAGGAUACGUAUCUGGAAACCUUAUUUCAGAUUUGGAAACAGAUGUUCCAGAUGACGAUGAUGAUGAGGAUGAUAUUGAAGAAGAAACUGUAGAAAUCAGUAGACCACUAAGAGGUCUAGAGCAUACUCCAGGCUCCAGUAUGGACAAUCUAGACAGCUCUGUGACAGGCAAAGCAUAUUCUUCCUCUCAGAGACCUCGGCCCGGCAGUCCUUUUUCCACUGACAGCAACACCAGUGCAGCUGUCAAUCAGGGUCAGAGGCCAAGGCCCACGAAAAAACACAAGGGCGGACGCUUGGAACAGCCUCCUUUGCCUCAUCGCCGGGAGGGAAUCACAGACGAUCUUCCACCACCACCCGACCCGCCCCCCGGUCAGGGUUUAAGGCAGCCCAUAGUGCCCGGCCAGCGCGGAGGCUCUGCCGAGAGGAAGGGGAGCUCUCUGGAGAGGCAGCACGCAGCAGCCAACGUAGAUGACUCAAAGAGCUCCCUGGACCGGCCUGCUAGGACAUCACUAGAGUGGCAGCGGCAAGCCCAGGAGUGGAUAAGCUCUACAGACCGCCAAGAGGAUUUCAGGAAAGCCCAACACAAACAAGCCUUCGGAUCAGAAGAGGCACUCGUACCAUAUAGUAAACCCAACUUCCCAUCCCCUGGUGGCCACAGCUCUUCAGGAACAUCUUCUUCUAAAGGAUCAACUGGACCUAGAAAAGGUGAAGUCUUGCGAGGAGGUCACCAACGCAAUGCCAGUGACCUUCUCGAUAUAGGCUAUGUGGGAUCAAACAGUCAAGGACAGUUUACUGGUGAAUUAUAGUAGUUGAGAAGACACAUUGCAAGCUGCUCUGAUGGACCAUCAGGUCUGAACUCAUGGAAGUGAUGACACUAAACAGUGCAAUGAACAUUUUCUUUAUUUAUGUACUAUUAAAAGAACUGUAAAUGCAAUGUAAAGACACACAGCCACACAUAUCCCACAGAUACUUUACUUGUGUUCUUCUCUUUAAUACACCAUCCACCUUAAACUAUUCCUUGUCAGGAGUAUAUAAAAAAAGAAAGAAAAAAAUCACCCUCCAGGAUUAAAAGGAUUUCCUUCUGUAUAUAAUUUCUUUUGUUGCAUUGCUAUGCAAGCUCACCUUCUUUUUAGCUAUGUUCAUAUUCAUGUCUGUUUUUACUGGUCUGUUGUACUAUAUGUGAAUUAAUAGGCUGUGGUGCCAUAUAUUAACUUUUAAUUGUGUAACUUUUAUGUUUAAAGUUUGCACUGCAAUUUUAUUUGGUGAUAAGCACAAAACUCUACUCCUCAUGACAUGAAGAAAAAAGAGACUGAAUGUGUGAAGAAGGUUUACAUCCUGUAAGCUACUUUGGAUAAUGCUGGAUGUAAAGGAGUAUGUUGGGUGGUUUUCCAUUGGGGUGUAGAAAUGAGAAAGUGACAGGCAAAACUGAUGUCAGUGAAGACAUUAGAGACAGAUAUAAACCUUUUAAAAGCAAGCAACAUAGUUGCUCUUCCUAUUUAAGAAGGGGUCAGAAGCUGGAAGUGUGAGAUUAAAGAGUGAAAAUGAAAAUUAAAGGUAGCAUGAGAUGGCCUAGGCCCUUUCACUAGAGUGAUACCCUUAGUAUCUACUUUUAGCCAUCCCAUGCCACUAAGUAAAGGGGAAGAAAAACAAACCUUGCUAAAAACAAAAGAACUUAAGGUGUUUCACUAAAGCUGUUUUUAUUUUGCAGUUUUUAAAGAAUUAUUACCAUUAAUUUCUCCAGCCCAAAACAUAGGACAGAGAUUUUUCAGGAGAAACAAACCAUAUAAACACAAGGAAUACCUAGUAAGAAGAUAAGAAUGCAAUUUAUUACUAAGACAUAUUGAGGCUGCUUCCAAAAAUUGAAAUGUCAGAGUAUCCUAUUUCAUCUUUCCAAUAGAUGUACAGUACGAUAGAGGAUCAAGCUGCACCACUGAAAUUCAUGACAUUAAUUGUUUUGAUGCAGUCUACACAACCCUUUCUGUUCCAUACCUGAAGUCUGCAAGAGCUGAAGUUCCAUCCACUAAAUUUGUAGUAAAAUGUUUCAUUUUUGGAAGGAAAGCGAUGGUCAAAUUAUUUUUGGCUUGCAUUAGGUAUAUUUCUGGCAAUACAAUACAUCCAAAAAGUUGGAUAUAAGCAAAGGGAAUUUUUGACCUAUGUUUUAGUGAGUGGCUUCAAACUCUACUAUGAUGAGGAAAUAACGCAUGUUUAUACACUUUUUGAAUAAACCAGACUCUGUAAGUGGACAUUAAUGACAGCAUCCUGUCUCUUCAUUAAUUUUCACGACUUGUUCCAAGUCUUCUUUACCUCUCAAAUCUCAAAGAAUAAAUUCUCAAGCUUUUCUUAGAAUAUUGUGUAUGGCUAACCCACCCAUUACUUUGAUGCUUAAUUUAAAUAUUGCAUCUUACAGCUUAUUUCUGUUAGUUAUCUGACCAUGAAAACAAGUUUUCAUUGAAUCCCCUUUUCAUAUAACCAGUCUAUGUUGUUUUAUAUUUUGCCUUGGAGCUCACCAGUAUUAAGAACACUUUUUGUCAUGGCAGAAUUUUAGAAAAGUAAAUUACAAUGCUAAAUAUGUGUUGCUUUUCAUUUCAUUAACAUGUUCCAUGAUAAGAUAAAACACGCCAGCCAUCAGCUAUAACUCAGCACUACUGAAUAUUGAAAAAUGCUAGUUAGCUCCCUUAAGGUCAAGAUGUGUUAUUUAGAAAGUUACAAACAAAAAAAAGUCGAGGAAUAAAGGUAUGAAUUUAUUUACAUAUGUGACCAAUGAGUAUAUGCCAUUUUCCUGCUUGUUAAAACAUUAUAGUUAAAAGCAUAACUUAAAAAUGUGCAAAAAUGUUCAAGUAAGAUAAAGAAUGCAGCAUAAUUACAUAUGCAUGGUUUUUAUUUUGGUAUAUACCAUAUGAAGAGAAGACUAUUCAGACUACAAUUCAAAUUUAAUUCUCUGGAAAAUAUUUAACUCAGUCGCCAAUAGUAGUUUUCCCCCCUUUUAAUUCAAAAGCUUGUGCUGAGCUUUGGUGGAACACCUUACUUACUCUGUUCUCUUCAAAAUUCAGUAUCAUUAGAGGUUGAUAAAGCCAUUCCAAUUACUUUCAAAUAUGUGUUUUAUCUCUUCCACUGGAAAGUAAAUGUGUGUCAGUAUUAAAGCUGUUCAAUACCAUGAUAUUCACUAACUUGUCCAUCUGCUUCUGUACAUUUUUGUUCAUUAAUAAUUUGCUUACAAUAUUACAUAAGGUGUUGUUGUGUAUGGCAAAGUGUCUCCAUUAUCUUACAGGUGAUGUCUCUUCUUUUUUUUUUUCUCUCUCUUUUCUAUACAGUGUACUUCCAAUGAACCACAGUACAUAUUUUUUAAAAUGCCAUUUAAUUUACUAUUUUAAAAGAAGUAUUCUUCUUUUUUUAAAAAAAUGAAAACAUUUAUUGUGAAUAAUGUGUUUAAAGAAAAGGGAUGUUGUGGCAGCACUUAGAAUUGUUUUUCAAUUUGUUUUUUUUAAACUGUUUAUUGGCUACAGUUUGUUCACGAAAAAGUAUGACCUCUUAAUGUGUUUCAUUGGUAUUGUUAGUGCAGCAAAGUUUAAUUGGCAUAAGAAGUUGGUUAAUAGUACUGUUGAAGUGUGUAUUGUAUAUUUACUGGGGAAAAAAUAAAAAAUAUUCACAUUUCAAAUCUAUGUUAAAAGACCUUGAGUAAGGAGUCAAUAUGUGAAAACCCAAACAGGGAAAAUCAGGCAAUAAUAACAUAGACUGAGCUAUAAUCAUCACUGUCCACUUACAGGUGACAAUGAACAUUUUGUACACUGUUUUUUGAACUAAGCAAUGAGCCAGUGGUAAACAUUGCCUGUCUUAGGGGUUUCUGUUUAAUGUCCUGUCUCUCCUGGAACAGUUGUACCAUUGUAAUUACACUGAUACAGCUAUUCCAGUGAAAACUCUGCUUGUAGCUGUGUUCUCUCUGUGUGGGGCAAGCACUGCAGGGGCACAGCUGGCUCUGCCUAAAGUCCACAGAGCAGUGGAUGUGGAAAACCUGGUCUGAACCCUCACAUCUGGGGCUUGGUACGGGUGGAGCUACUGCCAACCCAGUACAGAACACCCCAAAAUGUAUGGAUAGGUCAAUUUUUCUCAAUCUUUGUGCCGAAUACAGGCUCAAUUUUAAAUGCAGGAAGGCUGAAGGACCAAAUAAUGAAUUCUUCCAUGUGCUUCAGUGGUGUAUUGCUGUAUGGGCAGCCAUUUCAGUGAUGCAAGGAACAGACAUUUCCUUUCUUGAUGUUUCUUUUUUUUUUUCUCCCCUUUAUUUCUCAGGUACAUAUCCAAGUCAGUAAACCUUUAGAAUACCUUUUGGUUGUCACCUGAAAUGCAACAGAAACACCAUUCCUUGGAAAAGUACUAAAGAUAAAGUGUGUGGAAUGUUUUUAAGUGUAUUAAUUUAACUGCACACAAGUGCAAAAGGAAAACAAGACUGUUUUAAAUAAUUAUAUGCUGGUUUAUGCUUGCCUCAGCCCAUGCAUUGCCAGCCAUGAGAAAAGGUGUGUACUGAGGCUGAGAAAGAGUCCUCACAACUGAAAAGGGAAAGGGAAUAGGGUUGGGGGAGAUUUUGGCAGGAACUUCUAUUUAAAAAAGAAAAAAUUACAGGCAGCUCCUUUGGCUUGUCUACAGUUUAUGCAGUUUGGGGGUUUUUUUAUGGUUAAUGGCCUUGUGGAGUUUUAGCGGGGAACUAGAAAGAAAAAAGUCAACUUUUUGUAAAGACUGGGGGGUACUUGUUUGCUGAGGGAGAAUUUUUUAAUUUAAUUUUUAAUUUUUUUAACACGUGCUUUGUGUUUCAUCUAUCUGGAACACAUUAGCUAAAAAAUAAUAUGUUUUUGAAGACCAUGUGGGCAGCAGACAAUUCAUUUAGGAGGCAAAUUCAAAUAGCAGAAAAAGGGGAAAAAGUAGUACUAAAAUAAGUAACACAUACUGGUUUAGAAACAGCCAAGUCUGCCACAUGCAAUUUUGAACAGUGCAAUGAUAUAUAUAAACUUCAUUUUGGUUUCCAUACCAAAACUAAUUACCCAAAGUCCAUAGGAGGCCUAGAUCCUCAGGACACUAAAUCUGGUGCUUUGUUUGGAGUAUGUGGUUAAUCCAAGCUGGUGAGAGUGGAGGAUGCUCGGGGCUGUACGCAGCCCCAGCCCUGGCUGCUCAGAGCCCAGGGAGUCUCCAGCAGAGGAGUCCUCAUGGCUUCAGGCUCCGUGGGCUCCAGUGGAUCCCAGGCAGGUCAGCACGCAGAGGAAGGUCACAUCUCUGAGGACGGAGUUUUCGGGGCAGAGAAGGUUUUUAUGUCUGUGGCACCAUGGAGCUCCCCGAGGCGUGUCUCACGUUUUGGGACUGCCCUCGCCCAGCUCUUUCUCAGUGCUCUCCUGCUGUGGUCUGUGCACUCAGUGCUGAUGCUGUUCCCUGGAUCUGGGGUGUUUGGUAUGAGGGCUGCAAGAGCCAUGGAGGUGCUCUGCAUGCAUUGAGUGGCUGAAUAUAUGGAUAAAAGCUUUAUUAAUUCAGGGGGACCAGGGACACAGAAGAGCAGUGGCACCAGACAUCUGUCCUGCUGUGUCUAGCUUGUUCCCCUCUUCCCUUCAGGACUGAGCUCCUUCCUGCCAACACUCCUCCACCCAAAUGAACAGAUACAACUCACAGAUAUCUCAUGGGACCCACAGGAGAUGUAGGGCCAUGCCUACAUGCAUGAUGGACUGGUUAUUUGGGGAGAAGUAGCUUUGAGUUCCACAGCUGGUGUGAGGACUAGAUUCCUCUUUAGCCUGACUUGAUUUAACUGUGUAGCUACAUCCAGGAAGACCCGAGCAGAAAAUAAGUUCCUAGAGCAGAGCUCAGCAUUGCAGCAGCUCUUCUGGUAUGUGGCUCCUUAUUCAGUCUGUUGUAGGCAGUCCUGAGUUCACUGCUGAAUUCUCAGCACAUCCUAAGGACUCAGAUGGUUUAUGCUGACAUCUAGGCAAGUGAGGAUGCUCCUCUUGCUUUAGCAGAAUGGAAAAAAAAAAUAAAAACCAAAAAAUGUCAAAACUUAGACCUUUUACUUCAACACAAAACUUUUUAAACAAUAUGCAAAAAUCACAGAAAACAGCAUUUCAGAUGUAUGUUUGACAUGUUUUUUUUUUUUUUUUCUUUUUCUUGGUAUUUUGUUUUGGCUACCAUUGAAAUAAUCCAUUUGGUUUUUUUCAGAGCUGUAACACUGUCCCUGCACUGCCCCCCUCCCCCGCCCCACCCCUAUGCAUUUUCCAGCAUUUAUCUUUCAUUUGUAAAGAAGUUAUGGUAAAGAAUAAUGACAUUUGUGUACUUACAUUGUUCUAACUUUAAGCAACAAGGUGCACAGUUGCAUUCAGUUCAAUUGAUCAAAGCCAGAUGGGCACAAAAUAUUUGUGGGGCUUUUUUUCUAAAAAGGCCUGCUUUUUGUGCUGAUAUUUGUUCUCCAUUCAUGCUGAUCAGUGCAUCUUUUGCCUUCAAGGAUGCCAUUAGUAAUUCUCCUUUGUGUUCAAAAGCAGGAAUCCAUUGUGCAGCACUUGGAGAGCCACUCGGAUGCAGGUAAAGAAUAUAAGAGCUUGAGCAAGUGCUAAUUAGAACCAAUUAAAGUUAAUUGACCUCCUUUGGCAGUAAAAUGCAUAAUAGAACUUGCUCUGUCCUUGCAAAAUGGAGAUCUUGCCUCUAAGCAUAGGAGUGAAGCAGGGUUUCAUGUAGCAUCCCGUAGUAAUUAUGUGGGUAUAACAACCAGGAAGCUGCUUGCUACAAUUUAUUCUAGUAACUGAGCUCUACUGUAUCAGGGCAAUGCAAUAAAAGUGAGAUUUCUUCUCCAGUCUAUUUAAAAACCUAAUUUUUACAGAGCAAAUGAGCAUCCCAAGGUACCGAUACUAAUCUCUAGGAAUGAGUUGGCAGAAAAAUAGAGUCCUUUUUAUAGGUAAGUAAUGGUGUGAGCAUAAAAGGCAGUUUUACACCUGCUGCUUGGCAAUAGCCCUGAUGCUCAGAGGCUGCAUCUAUCCAGGACAGUGGGGGAAGCUCUGGCAGGCCUGCACUGGGUGAAGGAUCUGCCCACAGUUCAGAGGGGCUCCCCGCUGAACCUUGCCAUGAGGUUGCCUUCGGUAGACUUCUGUUGGAAAAGGGGCGCUGGCAUCCAUCCAGCUGAGGUUUGUGGUGCUGCAGGACUACACCACUGCCAGGGCAACACUGUGGACAUGGUCAGAGGUACCCAAAUAAAAGAGAGAGAAAGAGCAGGGGAAAGAAUUAAGGGUAGGAAAUGCAAAAUUGUAUGAAUUCAAAACCAUCAGUGGUGGGUGCUAAACUAUACAUCGCUGUGAAAAGUUCAAAAGCCAUUUUUAUUAGAAAACCAGAAUUGAUCCAGUUUCCAUGACCAUGCUUUGAUGACUUUUUGCUUGGCAGGAACUGAAUGCGACUGAUUUUGCUGCUAACUUGGCCUUACUAUGAACAGCAAUAAAGGUGUUAGUCAGGUGGGGACUUUGAUGUGACCAAUAACAUCACUCUCCCUUCAGGGAAUGUUCUGUGCUGGCUUGUUAAUGAAUUUCUUUCCUAAUGAGUAUCAUUAAAAACCCUUUGAUUAGC